AUGGCGUCUGACGCAGGCUCGGCGCCGGGGCUACCGCCCGUGCCGCGCGCUACGGCCAUGAUCGUGAUCGGCAUGGCGGGCUCAGGCAAGUCGACGUUUGUCUCGAAGCUGGCGUCGCACCUGGGCCAGCGCGCGCAGGCAGCGGCGGCCGAGGCGCUCGCGGCCGAUACGGCGGUGCCCGCUGAGGCGCCGGCGCGCCCCUACCUCAUCAACAUUGAUCCGGCGGUCGCGGCGCUGGGGUAUGCGCCGAAUGUCGAUAUCCGCGACACGGUCGACUACACGCGCGUGAUGGAGGAGUACAGGCUGGGCCCGAAUGGCGGCAUCCUCACCUCGCUCAACCUGUUCACGACCAAGUUUGACCAGGUGCUCCAGCUGGUCGAGAAGCGGGCGCAUGCACUUGACCAUGUGGUGCUGGACACGCCGGGCCAGAUCGAGAUCUUUACGUGGUCUGCGUCCGGCUCGAUCAUCACCGACGCGCUCGCCAGCGCGAUGCCUACGGUCCUGGUGUACGUGGUCGACACGCCACGCACGACGGCGCCGGCCACGUUCAUGAGUAACAUGUUGUAUGCGUGCAGCAUUCUGUACAAGGCGCGCUUGCCGUUCGUCGUCGUGUUCAACAAGAUUGACGUGCAGUCACACGAAUUUGCCCUCAACUGGAUGCGCGACUUUGAGGCGUUCCAGCGCGCGCUCAUGGCGGGGCAUGCGCGUGAUCCGUCGCAGCAGGCCACCCAGGGCGCGGACCCCGACGCGCCGCCGUCGACGUUUGAGAGCCGCGGCGAGGAGCCGAGCUACCUGAACAGUCUCAUGAACAGUAUGAGCCUCGUUUUGGACGAGUUUUACAAGAACCUAAAGGCAGUAGGUGUCUCGUCUGCAACGGGGCAGGGCAUGGACGAGUUUCUGGACGCCGUCCGCGAUGCACGGCAGGAGUACAUCACCGACGUGCGCCCGCAGCUCGAGAAGCAGCUGGCGGAGAAGCAGGCCGCCCUCGCAGCAUCGCAGGAAGGCCAGAUGAAGGCACUGUUGCGCGAUAUGAGCCUGCGCGAUUCGCGCUCUGGCCUCGCGAAGGUGCGCGCGAAGCAGCGCGCGGAUCCCGACGACGACGAGCCGCAGUACGAUGGCGACGGCGCCAUUGUGGAUCCCGACUCGGACGAAGAAAAGCCAGAGUAUGGCGCGCCCGACGGCGACGAGCGGCUCGCGCGCCGUUGGAACACGCUGGACGGUAGCUACUGGCCGACAUCGGCGUAA